GAGAUAGACAUAGAAAGAGAAAGAGAGAGGUCAAAUCUAGUGGCGACGAGUUGGGUGUGUCUGCUUGUAUUAUUUAUAUGUGGUUGUAGUCUCUGGCCUCCUUGCUUUGCUUCUCUUCUUCUUCUUCUCUGCUCAACUUUCAUGGCUCUUUUCUUUACCCAGAAUAAAUUUGUUUAUUUUAUUUUAUUUUAAACUAAAUUUGUACAGAAAUUGGAUUAUUUCUAAUCCCGAAAGAUUUCUAACUUCAUAUCUCUCUGCAACCAUUCCUUUCUUUUUCUCGUAUCUCAUCUCAUCUCGUAUCUUAUCCUUUUUUUGGAUCUGUUGUCCUCAUCGCCGGCGAUUAUGGAUCCAUUUGAUUUGGUUCGUAAAGGUUUUGGUUAAAGCUCCUGUAGUUUAAGGUUCUUUUGGGCCGAUUUUUAUUUAUGCAUGUAGAUUUCUUUUUGUUGCUAUUUUAGUAAAGAAUGAGCUUAUCCAAGAAAGGGACUCAAAUUAGUGAUAUGAAGUUAAACAGUCCAAACAAGGCAACUGUAUUAAAUCCAAAUGCAGCAGAGUUCAUUCCCUUUGCGCUCAGAUCACCAUCAUUUGGAAGUUCCAGUGCAGCAGCUGCAACUGCAAGGUUUACUACUUCUGGGUCUGUAGGAAAAGCUGUACUUGAUCGAUCGGAGUCAUCUGUUUCAAAUAAUUCUGAUGAAGAGGCUCACCAGUAUUGGCGUCGACAGCUCCCUGACGAUAUUACACCAGACUUUAAGGUCAUGAAUGAAGAUGACUCUCCAGGACUUGGGGGUCUUUCGUUGGCAGGCUUGUCGUUACAUGACAGCAUUGAUGGGACAGGGUUUCCUGCUCCUACAGGUAGUGGGUAUGUGCUGACUGAGCAACGAGAAUUAUCUCCGCAUCUUAAUGGAAAUAGUUUUGCAGAAAAGAUGAGAUUUUCUGCUUCAAGUUAUGGGGAGGAUCCUACCACAGCCAACUUUUUGCCUUUGUCACCUAAGCCAUGGGACAAGCAAAUUGUGGGGGUUGAUCAGCUUAGGGAAGGGCAUCCAUACAAUGGGAAUCUCAGGCACAGUUUCUUGAAUGACAUAUCUGGUGAGCAUGGAAUGAUAGAUGAUACUGAGAUGAAUCCGGUGAAGUUUUUGGAAUCACAGUUUCCUGGAUUCGCUGCUGAAAGCCUUGCUGAAGUUUAUUUUGCCAAUGGGUGUGACCUGAACCUGACAAUUGAGAUGCUCAUGCAGCUUGAGCUUCAAGUUGAUGGUGGUUUCCAUCAGAAUUUAAGUUCAAAGACCUUGUCAGCUCCCAAUCUUAGUGCAAUGGACUUUCCUGCUCUUACAGUGACAGAGGGUCAGAGUGGUCCUUCAAAAUAUUCGGGAGAUGAUCUUCAGCAAAGUGGAAAUCCCUAUUAUUCUUCUGACAAGGAGAAUUUGCUUAUGUUCAAGAUUGGCUCUUCUAUUCCAUCAAGAGGUGCAGUAGAUUUUGCUUCAGCCGUCAGAAAAUUGGCUUCUCACGAUUCUGGUGCAUGGAAGUAUGAUAGAAAUGGUUCUGCUGAUAGCACUAUUGGGUCAAGUCGAAGUUCUAAUGUUUUGACUAGUGCUUACAGUGGAAGUCAUGCAAGAGGAGUUUAUGCUGAUAGGUUACAGAAUCGUGGUUCAGCUCGGACAGCCCCUGUUUGGCUUGAGACUGGAGAAGCAGUGGCAAAUUUGUAUUCUGAGCUGCGGGAAGAAGCUCGUGAUCAUGCACGCCUACGUAAUCAAUAUUUUGAUCAGGCACGGCAAGCCUAUAUUAUAGGAAAUAAGGCUCUUGCGAAGGAAUUGAGUGCGAAAGGGCAGCUGCAUAAUGUGCAAAUGAAGGCAGCACAUGGAAGAGCUCAGGAAUCUAUUUACCGCCAGAGGAACCCGGUUGAUAUGCAGGGAAGAGGACAAGAUCGGAUGAUAGACCUCCAUGGGCUGCACGUAAGUGAAGCUAUUCAUGUGCUGAAGCAUGAGCUGAGUGUUUUGAGAAGCACGGCCCGGGCAGCAGAUCAACGACUGCAGGUUUAUAUAUGUGUUGGAACAGGCCACCACACUAAGGGUUCUCGAACUCCAAUAAGGCUUCCAAUUGCUGUUCAGCGUUACUUGCUUGAAGAAGAGGGCCUUGAUUACUCUGAACCACAGCCAGGGCUGCUCCGAGUUGUGAUAUAUUGAGCUGUGAGGUACAGUAGUUAUUCUUGACACCCAUCAAAUUCCAUGAAGUCAUUGUCAUCAUUUUUUUUCUUGUAACUGUAAAUGGGAAGAAGUUGAAGAAAGUAGUCAGAGCACUGAAAAGAAAAAGAAAAAAGAAGAAAAAGGGAUGAAAAAUUAGGGAAAGAGAAAGGUGAAAAAGAAAAUGAAGUGUACCAUUAUGGUUUUAGCCGGUUGACAGCAGCGUUACAUUUUGGUAGCAUCAGGCCUCGAUGACCAUUUUUUUUCUGGUUUAAAUUUUUGUUAAUCCUGUACCUUAAUUUUAGUUUUUUUGUAAUUUUUUUGUUUAGAUGUAAUUGAUAGAAUUGAAUUACAUGAUAGUACAAUUCAUGAA